AUGGAGAACCACACAUCACUGCUCUCCCUCCAUCUUGCUAAAACACUGAUUUUCAUGUUUUUUGCUUCGGUUUUUGCAGCAGAUCAAGGCGGGUUUUCGUCGAUCAGAACUGAUACUGAGGCACUUCUCAGGUUCAAGAAGAUGAUCCAGAUGGACCCAAAAGGAGUCUUGUCAGAGUGGAAGCUCAAUGGAGAUACAUGUUCAUGGCAUGGAGUUACUUGCAAUCUUGGAAGAGUGACUGAACUUGAUCUUGGCCUAUCAUAUAAUCUUGUUGGCACCGUCUCUUUCUCUCCUUUUGCUUCUUUAGACAUGUUAACUGUUCUCAAUCUGUCUGCAAAUUCAUUCACUGUAAAUUCAACAUCUUUGCUUCAACUGCCUUCUGGAUUGCAACAAUUAGAACUGUCAUUUGCUGGAAUUACAGGUCUUGUUCCUGAGAAUUUCUUCACCAAGUGCCCCAAUCUUGUUUAUGUUGAUAUUUCUUUCAACAAUCUGACCGGUUCUCUACCUGAGAAUCUCUUGUUGUAUUCUGAGAAACUGCAGUAUCUUGACAUCUCUUAUAACAACUUAACAGGCUCGAUUUCGGGUAUGAAAAUCGAGACCUGCAAGUCCUUGCAGCAUCUUGAUUUGUCUGGAAACCACAUAUUGGAUUCCAUUCCAGCCUCAUUUUCGAAUUGCACGAGUUUGAAAGAAUUGAAUUUAGCAAUCAAUUUACUCACCGGGGACAUUCCUCGAUCUUUCGGUGAACUAAACAACUUGCAAAGGUUGGAUCUUUCUCAAAAUCAUCUCACUGGUUGGAUCCCUUCCGAGUUGGGUAAUGUCUGUGGUUCACUUUUAGAGCUUAGGCUCUCUAAGAACAACAUUACAGGCACAAUCCCAAUCUCAUUUCAAUCGUGUUCUUGGCUACUAGUUCUUGAUUUGGCCAAUAACAAUUUGACUGGUCCUUUUCCUGAUUCAAUUCUGCAAAAUUUUGGAUCGUUAGACAGCUUGUUAUUGAGCAAUAACAGGAUCUCUGGAGCAUUUCCUGCUUCUAUUUCAUUCUGUAAGAAACUGAAGAUUGUGGACUUCAGCUCCAAUAUGCUUUCUGGGAUCAUCCCACCAGAUUUAUGUCCGGGGGCUGCUUCACUUGAAGAGCUGAUACUCCCUGAUAAUUCCAUUUUUGGGUCGAUUCCAGCUGAAUUAUCUCAAUGCUCGCAACUAAAGAAGAUCGAUUUCAGCAUAAACUACCUCAAUGGCUCAAUUCCAGCAGAAAUUGGCAGGCUCGAGAAUCUUGAGCAGUUAAUAGCCUGGUACAAUGGCUUGGAGGGGAAAAUACCCUCGGAGUUGGGGAACUGCGUCAAACUGAAAAAUCUCAUUCUCAACAAUAACCAUUUAAGUGGUGAAAUCCCAAAAGAAUUGUUCAAUUGUGGUAAUUUAGAAUGGAUAUCCCUCACAAGCAAUGGGCUCACUGGUCAGAUCCCCCGGGAAUUUGGGAUUUUGUCGAGGCUGGCUGUUUUGCAACUCGCGAAUAACAGCUUGAGCGGUGAGAUCCCUAGGGAGCUUGGAAAUUGUAGCAGUUUGGUUUGGCUUGACUUGAAUAGCAAUCGGCUAACUGGGGAGAUCCCACCUCGGCUUGGUAGGCAGCUCGGAUCAAAAGCAUUGCUUGGAAUUCUCUCAGGUAACACUUUGGUCUUUGUUCGAAAUGUUGGGAAUUCAUGCAAAGGAGUUGGAGGCUUGCUUGAAUUCGCUGGAAUCCGUUCUGAAAGGUUGUCACAAGUCCCGUCAUUGAGAAGUUGCGAUUUCACUAGAUUGUAUUCUGGUCCAGUUCUAAGCAUGUUCACUCGAUAUCAAACUCUGGAGUAUCUUGAUCUUUCUUACAAUGAGCUUCGAGGCAAAAUUCCCGAUGAGUUUGGGGAAAUGAUAGCUUUACAAGUUCUUGUAUUGUCCCAUAACCAGCUAUCAGGAGAAAUUCCUUCCUCACUUGGCCAGCUUAAGCAAUUAGGUGUAUUUGAUGCAUCCCAUAACAGACUGCAGGGUCACAUCCCUGAUUCAUUCUCAAAUCUUUCUUUCUUGGUGCAAAUUGAUCUCUCCAACAAUGAAUUAACCGGGCAAAUUCCAUCAAGGGGGCAACUUAGCACACUUCCAGUAACCCAGUAUGCAAACAAUCCGGGACUUUGUGGGGUUCCAUUGCCCGAAUGCCAGGCUAUAAGCAACCAACCGGCCACAAAUCAAAAUGGGGAUGGUGGAAAAAGAGUCCACAGAUCCACAGCUACAUCAUGGGCUAAUAGUAUUGUCUUGGGUAUUCUCAUUUCCAUUGCUUCUGUGUGCAUUUUGAUUGUUUGGGCCAUUGCAAUGCGUGCAAGGCGAAAGGAAGCAGAGGAAGUCAAGAUGCUAAAUAGUUUGCAAGGAUCCAAUGGGGCCACAACAUGGAAGAUUGACAAGGAAAAAGAGCCUCUGAGCAUUAAUGUUGCCACUUUUCAAAGACAAUUGAGGAAGCUGAAAUUCUCCCAACUGAUUGAGGCCACCAAUGGCUUCUCUGCAGAUGCACUUAUUGGGAGUGGCGGGUUCGGAGAUGUUUUCAAGGCAACAUUGAAAGAUGGAUCAAGUGUUGCAAUCAAGAAGCUGAUAAGACUCAGCUGCCAAGGCGAUCGUGAAUUCAUGGCAGAGAUGGAAACUUUGGGGAAGAUUAAGCACAGAAAUCUUGUCCCUCUGUUGGGCUAUUGCAAAAUUGGGGAGGAGAGGCUCUUGGUGUAUGAAUUUAUGGAGUUUGGAAGCCUUGAAGAAAUGCUUCAUGGAAAGCCAAAGACCCGCGAUAGGCGAGUUCUAACAUGGGAGGAAAGGAAGAAAAUUGCAAGAGGUGCAGCCAAAGGACUUUGUUUCCUUCACCACAAUUGUAUCCCACACAUCAUACACCGAGACAUGAAGUCUAGCAAUGUGUUACUGGACCAUGAAAUGGAAGCUAGAGUCUCCGAUUUUGGAAUGGCAAGGCUGAUAAGUGCACUUGACACACAUCUGAGUGUGAGCACACUAGCCGGGACACCAGGGUACGUCCCACCCGAGUACUACCAGAGCUUCCGUUGCACCGCCAAAGGUGAUGUCUAUUCGUUUGGGGUGGUUAUGUUGGAACUCCUGACUGGAAAACGCCCAACCGACAAGGAGGAUUUCGGAGACACCAACUUGGUGGGGUGGGUGAAAAUGAAGGUGAGGGAAGGGAAAGGAAUGGAAGUAAUAGACCCAGAAUUGCUUUCAGUGACUAAAGGAACUGAUGAAGCUGAAGCAGAGGAAGUGAAAGAAAUGGUGAGGUAUUUGGAGAUAACACUGCAGUGUGUGGAAGAUUUUCCUUCCAAAAGGCCUAAUAUGUUACAGGUGAUUGCAUUGCUCAGAGAGCUUAUGCCAGCAAGUGGAAAUGGAGGCAACGGUGCAUGA